UUCGCCAGUAUCGUCAUUGAUCAUAAACCCGGAGCUUAAAUUAGAGCUUUUCCCCGUUAGCUUCUGUACCGCGUCGAAACCACACGUCCCAGGAUAAGGGGACCUCGAGCAGGGGCAGCAUUGUGGGAGCAGAAAAAAGGAAGAGUACCUAAAAAGCCUCAUUCUGCCGAGCAUAUUUAAUCCCGCGUUGCCAUUGCCAUUUCCCCUCCUGCUGGCAUCUGCUGCUGUACGAAUAGUACCGGACGGGCCAAUCCUCGUGCAGCUUUGCUUCCCCCACCACCAACAGGGUGCGAAGGGACCCGAGGUUCAACAGAAGCACGACUUUUUUUUUUUUUUUUUCCUGGGAUGCGCAUGGCAGCGGCGCAAUUGUCAUCUGCAUGUCGGUCAAUUCUUUCGCGAGGGGCCUAAAGCCCCUCGGCCGAUCAGCCUCCGCAACCGCCUCCGCAACCGCCUCCGCAGCCUCCGCAGCCCCCGCAACCGGGAGGACGCCCCGGUUCUUCUCCGCCUCCACCUUCCGGCGGAGCGCGGCCGGCAAGGCCGGUGCGGCGGCCAGAUCGGCGCCGGCAUGGACCGGGCAGCGCGUCUUGGCCGUCGCCGCCGCGACCGGGGUUUUCGGGUGGGGAUUGGCGUCGCUUGGCUCGGGGGGCUUCCCCGGCGCCAUGUUGCUGGAUAGCAAAGCGCCCAGAUAUGCGAGCUUGCGUGAGAUGAACCGGGCCCUGGAGGACAUCCGCCGGGAAAUAGGAGAGGAUAUCAUAUCCACUGACCCGGAGGACCUCCACGCGCAUGGUUACUCGGAGUGGUCGUCGACGAACCCGGAGGGCCUCCCAGUCGCAGUAGCGUAUCCGCGGUCCACCGAGCAGGUGUCGACCAUUGCGCGCGUUUGCAACAAGUACCGCAUACCCGUCAUCCCUUAUGCGGGGGGUUCGAGUCUGGAAGGCAACUUCUCUGCCCCCUUUGGGGGCAUCAGUGUCGACUUUGCCUACAUGGACAAGAUCGUCCAGUUCAACAAGGAGGACAUGGACAUUGUCGUGCAGCCCAGUAUCGGGUGGCAGGACUUGAACGAGCAGCUUGCCAAGAUGGGCAGCGGGCUUUUCUUCCCCAUCGACCCUGGCCCGAGUGCGAAAAUCGGCGGAAUGAUUGGCACAAACUGCUCCGGGACGAACGCCGUCAAGUACGGCACGAUGAAGGAUUGGGUCAUCAACCUGACCGUUGUGCUUGCCGAUGGAACGGUCAUUAAGACGCGUCGUCGGCCUCGAAAAUCAUCAGCAGGGUAUAACCUCAACGGUAUCUUCGUUGGGUCAGAAGGUACCCUGGGCUUGGUGACUGAAGCCACUCUGAAGCUCGCCGUUGUCCCCCAAGACUUCUCCGUAGCCGUUGUCACGUUCCCCACCAUUCGAGACGCCGCAGCAGCAGCUGCGGGAGUCAUGCAAGCCGGGAUCCCCGUCGCCGCCAUGGAAAUCAUGGACGAGGUGCAAAUGAGGGUUGUGAACAUCGGCGGCGCAACAGCCCCGCGGGUGUGGAAGGAGCUGCCGACUCUCUUCUUCAAGUUCUCGGGGACCAAGGGCAGCGUCAAGGAGAACAUCAGCAUGGUCCAGCAGAUCACUAAGUCGAACAAGGGUGGUAAUUUCGAGUUCGCUAAGGACGCAAGGGAACAGAAACUGCUGUGGUCGGCGCGGAAGGAGUCCCUCUGGUCGAUGCUGGCGAUGCGCAAGGAUGGCGAAGAAGUUUGGAGCACCGAUGUCGCAGUCCCGUUCAGCAGACUUGCCGAGCUCAUUGAGAUAAGCAAGAAGGAAAUGGAUGAUCUCGGCUUGUUCGCCAGCAUCCUUGGCCACAUUGGGGACGGCAACUUCCACGAGAGCAUCAUGUACAACCGGCGAGACAAGGACGAGAGAGCCAAGGUCGAGACGUGCGUGAAGAAUAUGGUCAAGAGAGCUCUCGAGAUGGAGGGUACCUGUACCGGUGAACACUCGAUCGGUUGGGGAAAGAAGGAAUCCCUUCUCUGGGAGGUUGGACCUGAAACGCUAGGAGUCAUGAAAGCGAUCAAGUCCGCCCUUGACCCUCACUGGAUUAUGAAUCCGGGCAAGAUAUUUGACCACCAGUAAUAAAGUUAACCACACGGACAUAUAACCGCAGGUAUCGGCAAGUUUAUAACUCAGCAUCAUAA